AUGGCACCCGAGGUGGGCCUGUCGCGCUCGACCUUUGCUAAGCUCUCUCCUCAUCCGUAUCUGCUCGCAAAUCUUGAACCAUCCGACGACUCUGUUCCACCCGCGCGAAGCAAUGGCCGAGCCCCUUUCGAGGUCCGGACACCCACAGUCAAUCUCUCCAGCUUAUCACAUGCCCACGGAAGUGCCCUGGUGCGGACAGGGGAUACAACUGUCAUUUGCGGAAUUCGGGGCGAAACAAUCCUGACAGACCACAUCCCCAACUUCCGCGCAUCCAAUACACAGACAGAACUGGCCGAAUACGACUUGUUGGUUCCGAAUAUUGAACUGGCCACCGGAUCAGCGCCACAAUUCUUGCCUGGCGGUCCGCCCACAACCCUCGCCCAGACAUUGAGCACCAGAAUCUACUCCCUUCUACACAGCUCCAAGCUGCUGCGUGCUGAGGAUUUGCGGAUAUGGCACAAACGACCGGCAGAAGCUCCCGUCCCGGUCGAUGACGAAGAGGAGGGGGAGAAUGAGCAGCAAGAAGGAGAAGCGGCUGUGGUGGCAUACUGGGUUCUGUAUAUCGAUCUCUUCUUCAUCUCCUUUGACGGCAAUCCGUUUGAUGCAGCUUGGGCAGCGACCGUGGCUGCUCUCCGCGACACCAAGCUACCACAGGCUCGCUACGAUCCAGACAGAGAGAUGAUUAUAUGCUCCAGGAAAGAUCCCAGGCCUCUCACGGUGGAAACCAUGCCCAUUGCCUGCACGGCAGUCAUUUUCACAGGCAAAGAGACGAAAGACCAGGCUCCAGAUGGUAAAUUCUGGAUGCUGGCUGACCCAGAUACUUUGGAGGAAUCAUUAUGCAAUGAGACAGUUACAAUUGUCAUUGACUGCGCGGGCGGCUCAAGACGAAUCCUGUCCAUCUCGAAGCACGGAGGAACGGUCAUGUCGGCGAAGCUACUUGGGUCGAAGGAGUUCCUCGACUGGGCAAGUAAGCGGUGGGAGGGGCUCGCAUCGGCAAUCACUGGCAGCCGAUGA